AUGAAAGUCCUGAAAUUCAACCACUUUAAUGCCAAACCGACCGACUUCAUCACCUUCAUGGAGAACGGACUAAGAAACUGCUCGUUACCCGAAGACAGAAGAGAAGCAAUUAGGAUCAAAAUAUGCCAACAGCUCAAGCAACGGAAGCAGUCGCAGUUGAUCCCUGAUAUCGAAAUGAAAGCAUUGAAAUCGCUGAAAAACGGUUACAACAUCCUCAUUCUUACGGCAGAUAAAGUCAAUGCAAUCGCACUGUUGGACAAAACAGAAUACACAAAGAAGAUAAGACAACUCAUCGAAGACAAAGAAACUUAUCAACUACUCAACGGGAAUCCCGUAAAGGAGCUGAGAAAUCAACUAACUAAAUCAUUUUCCACUCUUAAGAAAAACAAGAAACAAACAGAUGAAGAAUAUAGACCAGUCAAACCCACAGAAGGUCUGACUAUAUGGUUCUAUGGACUACCGAAAGUGUACAAACCCCAUGUACCACUACGACUCAUUGUUGCACCCACAAAAGCACCCAACUACAAUCUCGCAAGAACGAAACUUUCCGUGGACGAAAUGGCAAAACUCGUAGAAAUCUGUAUGGAAACCUAUUUCCAAUUCGACGGUAAGGUAAACCAGCAGAUACGAGGAACUCCACUGGGUUCUCCAUUCACAGGACAGCUUGCGGAUGCGGUUAUGAAACAAUUCGGAACCAAAGCCUUUGAAAUUCUACAACCUCGUCUGUGGAUACGGUAUGUGGACGAUACUUUCGUCGUACUCAGAGCCUCCACGGUAGAUCAGUUCCACCAAAUGAUCAACGAGCAAGUGCCCGGUAUCAACUUCACGCGAGAGGAAUAA